UGUUAAAUCCCUCUUUCCGGCAACAGAAUUUACCGACAGUUGAUGAGUUGAUUCUAUUUACAUUCAACUGUACCCCGAUAAUAUGUCAAAUAGAUAAGUACAAUAACGUACUUGAGUUUUUUUAGCCAAAUAAAGUAUAGUUUAUAUUAUUUAAUAGCUUAUCGUGUAAGCAUAACUUUUUACGAAACGAUUGUUAUCAGUCAUUCAUCACUUCAUCAGCCAGAGACAAUAUAAAAUAUAAUCCUAGAACAAUAAUAAGAAUCAACUUCUUCAGUUUAUUCGUUCCUUUAUCAAGAAGGAGAAGGUGUUCCGAUGAAGAGAUGGGAUCAUAAUAUGAAGACGGCUGACGGUCCUCCUCCGCGUCCUCCACUGCCGAAACGUUCCGAUGGUAAUGUUGGUGAUGUUACGAGCAGUAUCACGAAAACCACAUCGAUCUAUCCGAGUCUUUGUAUGACGACGACGACACUAGAUUCAGAGCACCACUCGUCAAGGCCCCUGAAUUUGAAUCAACCUCUAAUAAUGUCAAAAAUCAAGCCAUCCCACACUAUCAAAAUUUCUCAAGAAUUGCAAUCUUUCCACAGAAAGUUCAAGGACAAUGUAACCAUUCUCUUUGAAUACGAGUUCUUGCCUCCUUCGUCGUCUGCACCUGGGACAAGUGGUGCAACUAACGCCUUUCAAUCAGGAGGAGUGUCUCUGAGCUGUGCUAAGCAAAUAAGUAGUCAGUGGAGAAAUUCAAAAUACGUCAAACUUCCCCAUCAAUCUGAGAACACCGGAUUUCUAUCAUUUUCCGUCGUCAGUAGUAAGAAAAAUAAGAGGUUCGUCGAAAAUUCGUCCCCUGUCAAGAAAUGGGAUAUUAUCAAAACGGAGCUGGCCAAAUUGAACGAUUUCAUAACAGGAAACGAACACUUGGAUGUGACUCAAGUUGGAAAGAAAAUUCAUGCUUCAGUUAAAACAUAUAAUCACAAAGUUAUCAGCUUUCCUUUCCAUGUGCUAAAUGAUUGCAGAGUUGGACGUAAAUUGCAAAUGACAUUUUCAACAAUAUAUUCUGCCGCUUUAGACAUGGAGAAUCUUUUCCCCUUUGGGAUGCCCAUCUUGAAGAAACAUGAACCCAAGACAUUCUUCUUGACACAACGUCAAGUACGCUGCAUUUUAGCGAAUGGUUUCUUAUCCACAUUCCCCAAAAGGGAGUCUGUGCCAGAAUUACCAAAUAUUAACUUUUACAAACUAUUCAGUGCAACGUCUGAUGGCGAAUUGGAACGAAAAAUAGAAAAAACUCUAUGUAUACUCAACUACUUUCAGAUGAGCGAGAAACACUUAGAUAAAGACCCACCAUUAUUGUUGUCUUUCGAGCGACGUCGCCUUCCAUACAGUCAUCCAGAUUGGCAAAAUUCCAGAGCACUAAUGUCCAAUGUUGAGAUCGUAGAGGAUCAAGGAAUUGAAAGUGCUCACGAUAAGCUUCAGGUUGAUUUUGCGAACCGAUUUGUUGGAGGAGGAGUUCUUGGCAACGGGACGGUCAUGGAGGAGAUUCGUUUCUCCAUCUCUCCCGAACUCAUAGCUGCUCGACUCUUUACUGAAGUUUUAGAUGACGACGAAGUCUUAAUUAUUACGGGUUCGACGCAAUUUUCAAAAUAUUCUGGAUAUGGGGACAGUUUCAAGUUUGAAGGACCUCAUGAGGACAAGAAAACUUUGGACCGGGACCGGUUUGGACGACGUACGGCUCAAGUUGCUGUAAUGGACGCAUACCACUUUCGCCCAUACCAAGUGGAUCAUCAAUUUGAAAAAAAAUUCGUCUACCGUGAACUCAACAAAUGUUUCUGUGCAUUCAACCCUCAUCGAAAUCAGGAGCACAUCGCACCAAUAGCGACGGGCAACUGGGGGUGUGGUGCCUUCAAUGGAAAUCUCGAGCUGAAAUUUAUUAUACAAUGGAUGGCAGCAUCACAAGCGGGUCAGAGGGAGUUGCACUACUACGUAGGUUGGGAGCAAGGUGAAAGUAUUAUGAAAGUGGUGAAAUCUCUUGGCCCCAAAGGAGCGACCGUUGGGAGGUUGAGUGAAGCUUUGAAAUACUACAAUGAUAAAGAAAUGCACUACUCUCCAUUCAAACGUCGUAAAUCCUUAUUCCAAUUUUUAGAAAAUUAUUGCUUUUAAUUGAUUUGGAUACAUGUAUAAUUUGAAAUUGUCAAACUAACAAAAUGUAUUACAUUCAAACAAGUAAACUUCUUACUAUGCAAUUUCAAA